UGCGGGUGUUCAAGAACAUCACAACAGAAAACAGUUUCAGCUGGAUGGCUUGCUGAUUGAACUAAAUUUGUCGCUUUGGAAAUCGUUCACAAUGGUCGACCCGUUUGGCGCCCUCGGUCUGAUUGGCACUAUAGACACUGCUUAUCACUGGGGAGCGGAGCUCGUCGCUCUCUGCAAGGCAUUUGCAAAUGCCGAAACUCAGCUCCAUGAGAGCGUUGUGCGCGUCGAGGCUUGUUGGCUGAAGAUCCAGUUGCAACUUGAGUUCAUACGGAGAUUGGAGCCUCAACUGAAUGAAUGGCAUAAAAACAUUCAACAGCAGACGCUGGAGAUCCUGCUGCAAAAACUACACGCCGCCAACACCAAACUCUCAGGCUUAGUUAAGAAGUCUGAUGCUCUGCCGAGUGGCACAGGCGAGGAGGCCACCAUCGUUGAGGUCAAGCGACUAAAGUACGCCUUUGCGAAAGACGGCCUCGCCGAGACGGUCAAAGAUCUAGAGUUCUGGCAGGGCAUCUUUGACCCCAGCUGGUUUUUGAUGAUGAGGAUUCCUGGACCCGAGGUAGAUCAGCAGCUCUACCUCAUGUCGCAACAGCAAUCUGUGUUGACGCACGAGGCAAAAGCAGCUAUCCCUAUUGCGCAGCAGCUGCGCCGUGCACUUAAACCUGUCGACGAUGAUGGGACAAAAAAGACUAUCUAUCUACUUCCAGGUGGACUCAUCACUGAAAGCGUCCAAACUCUAGCUUACAGCCCAGUUCGCAUAGCUCGCCGAGCUGACAACAGCGAACUGGUGGUGCUUGACCCCAUCACUUGCAUCUCCAGAGCAAACAUCAAUUCUGCACUGCGCGAUAUUCGCAAUUUCGCAAGGCGGUUGAAGCACACAGACCCUUUCACUUUUGGGCUGCUGGAAUGCAAGGGCAUCUUUAACGAGGAGGGCUCGGAUACGAAGACUAGCACAGCUACACCCCCAACAGGUCUGUCUUUUGUCUUCCGCAUGCCCCCAACGCAUUCGCAUGUACAGAGUCUGCGUCAUCGGCUGCUAAGCGGAGCAAGCGGCGAACAUGACUCUCUAUCAGCACGGUUUGACCUUGCGAGACAACUUGUUAAGGCGGUUAGUUAUGUGCAUCUGUACGAGUUUGUGCAUAAGAACAUCCGGCCUGAGACAAUACUUAUACUCAGAAAAGAAAAUCACGGAUCCGUUAAUGCUGGGGAAUGCGAUGAAACCGCUAUGUUGGUCGGCUUCGAUGUUCUCCGCGACGCCGAGGGCAAAACUAAUCGUCUUGGAGAUGAUGAUUGGGAGAAGAAUCUGUAUCGCCACCCACACCGGCAGGGUAAGACACCGGAGACGGACUACAAUAUGCGACACGACAUAUAUAGUGUCGGCGUCUGUCUGCUUGAGAUUGGGCUGUGGGGGAGUUUUGUCGAGUAUGGCAAAGUCGACGAGAAAGGCCAAUCUUCAUUCGGAACAGCGAGCCUUCAGCCAUUUAGUGUAGGCUCCAAGUUGAGAGCUGAGGUCAAAGACAGGCUAUUGCAACUAGCAAGAGGCACCUUGAGACGCAAUAUGGGCAACAAGUACAGCAAAGUGGUGGAGACAUGCUUGACAUGCUUGGAUAAGGGCAAUGGAGAUUUUGGAGAUGAUGGAGAGUUUCAGGAUGAAGAUGGAGUUGCGAUAGGGGCCAGGUAUAUUGAGAAAGUUGUGCAGAAGCUAGGUGAAAUAUCUGUCUGA